UUUUGAAAAUUUAAAUUAACCGGUUAUAUGUAGUGACAAAUACUAACCAGUUGGUGGCGGUAAUGCCCCGUAUGUUUGUUUCACGUGCUGCCCGUAGCUAGAGGAAGAGGAAGAUGAUACGUCACUGAUUCAACAUGGCGCGGGAAACCCGGGAACAGAAAGAGAUGGAAGUUCGCGCAGCAGUGGCCGAAGCAACGGACAGUGUUUCUCCAAUUUCUUUAAACUUGUACGAAACUCAGUUUUUCGGUUUCACUCCGCAAACAUGCAUGCUGCGGAUCUACAGCGCCUUCCAGGACUGCCUUUAUGACAUUUUGCCCGUGGUGGAGGAGGUGUGUGUCAGGCAGUUGGGCAAAGGAGAGUCGGACGGGGAGCUGCUUCGGACUCGAGCCAGAGAGUGCAGCCGGAAGUUGCAGCAGUUCCUCGAAGAGCGCUUUAAGCAGCUGUCGGUGAGGAUGGAGGCGCUGCUGGUGAGCCGCUGCUUUACCGUCCCGCCAAACGUUCUGCUGCCCGAGGACCAGUCACACAAGAACUACCCCCAAGACGUCCAGGAGGUGAUGAAGCUUGAGUCGUCCAUGGCAGACCUCCACAAGGCCUACGAGGCAGAGGUGUGUGCCAGACGGGCCCUGCAAGCUGAGCUGGAGGAGCAGAGGGAGGUGCAGCAGCAGCUGGAUGCCAUCCUGACCUGGGUCAGAGAGCUCCAGGCUGCCUGGGUGAAGGAGGGUAACGGCAACUUCCAGGAAAGUUUCAGACUGGUGAUGGAAUCGGUGAAGAAGCUGCAGGAGGCCGUCAGGGAGGUGCUGGCCCGCAGCAAAAUGCCCAACUGAACAGAUGUGUGACGUAUAAUGUAAAUAGUAAAGACUGAUGUAUUACUAUGUCUGCCCAAACAUUCGGGGAGCUUUUCCUCCCAUUGCCAUAGUUAGACUGUGUGGACACCUCCUCUUUAGGAAUAAUAUUCUACCCUAAACAGAUGAGGUAGCGUUUCAGUAAUUAAUCCGCAUUUUCCCCAUUUCCAUCAAACUUGGUGGUCGCUGUAUGGCUCUGGCUAUCGAUAUGGUUAACUGUCUUGAGAACUUCAGUGUGAGAAUGAUUCCUAACAGAGGGCGCUCUUUACAUGUGAACAAAAGCUAACCCGUACUAACUGCCUGUGACCCUGUGGUGGAAGUCAUAAUAAUGAAACUUUUCGGAAUCCAGCUUCUUUUUGAGUACCAGCUAAUUAUCUUUGGCAUCGUAAUGCUGGUUUACUAAUAUUUUACAAUCCAAACAGCUAUUUUCUUUGGGAGAUAGAUUCAACAUUGACAAAAAUAACCAUCAAUUAUGGACCCAGGGUUAUUCUUAAGAAUAGGUGGUUGGGUUUUGGUGUUUUGUUUACAGUGUAACAGCUGCUUCACGUUCUAAUUGACAGUUCUUGCUUUCAAACCUGCUGGUUAGUCGCUCUGCAGAAGAAAUGUUGCAAAUAGUUUGCCUUUCACCCCAUUUGAAUAAUUAUUUCUCAGCAUAAAUAGAAGAACUUUGUUUGCAUUCCAUUAGGCUCUCUGCUUUUGUCGAAGUUUCUGCCCGUUUUUCUUUCACAGUGUUUUUGCCAAAUCUCAGUGAAGAUCCUGCUUUCGAAAACCCAAAGUACCAAAUGCUGACUGCUCAAAAGGUGCUGUUCCCUUCAUUUGAAAUAAAGUUGAAGCUUUGUGGGAUUUCAUAACAUUGUAUAACUAUAUAUUUUUAAUUGGUUAUAUCUGUGUAAUUACUGGCAUCAGCGGAUGUGUAUUAAAUGUAAAUAUGCUAAGACUCCUGACUGUUUGUGUUUUGUUCAGUAGGGGGCAGCAUCUGCAUGCUGUAAUCAUUGUGUAUGUCCUAAUGCACUCCAUGUGAAGUGCCCCAAGAUUACUAAUGUUGGGAAUAUGAGCAAGAUAAAUAAAGC